AUUCGUUUUCUACAGUUUUAACAAUGGGCACGACGUUCGCUUCAUUCAGCGCAAAAUUAUACGAGCACCAUUGUCAGUGAUCUGACACUAUGGGAAUGAUUCCUGUGAUUGACUGACGUUGAUAUUACCUUCAUCGGUCGUCGAUAAGAGCCAAUCAUCGAGGGUUUUAGAUCGAAUACGGAAACCGAGGUUUUGUUGCCAUCCGCCCAGUCAAUGAUAAUUACCUACUCCCUGAAUGGAUAGUUUUCACAUAUAUACCGUGCUUGUACUACGAGCGAUCACACACACAGUGGACAAUCGAACUGUUACUUUUGGAUAUAAGUAAGCCUCCACUGACUAAAGUUUUCAUCCUUCUCCAGUCGUUACUGUACUUAAACAAGAUGAACAACACGACGUCACUAUCAUCUUACGAUUUCUAUAAACCGAGACCGCUCCCAUCUUACCGGAUUAAUUAUUUGGAGGAAAAGAGAUGUAACGAAUCAGUUUUCACCAAAUCAUAUCCUAAUGACGGGGGAGUAUAUUGUAAUGCUACCUUCGACCACUGGCUGUGUUGGGAUUACACCCCGGCUGGUAGCACUAUUUAUCAGCCCUGUCCUAUAUCAUUUGACACCGGCAUGAAUCCGGACGGAUUUGCUGAGAAACGGUGUAUGGAAGACGGAAGUUGGUUACGACAUCCUGGUUCUGGGCGAAUAUGGACGAAUUAUAAACAGUGUAUUAAUACUGAGGCUGAGCACAGUGUUAUGAUGGUAUACAUAUCUGGUUACGCCCUUUCAAUAAUUCUACUUAUCAUCAGUAUGAUUAUCUUCGCUUGUUUCAGGCAAUUAAAAUGUACUCGAGUGACUAUACAUCAGCAUCUAUUUUUAUCUUUCAUCCUGGCCGGCAUGUUUUGGAUUUUAUAUUAUACUUUGAUUCCAAUGAACAAAGAAAAUAUGGAUAACAAUUCUGCGUGGUGUAUAGCAUUACAUAUAAUAACACAGUUUAUGACUAUAUGCAAUUAUUUUUGGAUGUUUUGUGAGGGAUUCUAUCUACAUACCCUGAUUGUCAUCGCCUUUACUAAAGAGAAGAAACUUCUGUGGAUCUGCACCGUGAUUGGCUGGGUUUUGCCAAUUGUCCCAACUGUGUUUUAUUUGGGAUUCAGAGCCGCCAGUGAGGAAGAUAAUUCAAAAUGCUGGCUUAAUCAAUCGUCGUUAAUGUGGUUUACCUUGGGGCCUGGUGUUGUCUCACUCGUGAUCAAUCUGUUGUUCGUCGUCAACAUUCUACGUAUCCUUGUGUCCAAAUUACGGGCCUUUAAUUCUAACGAAAGCCAUCAGAACAGACGAGCUGUACGGGCCGUGUUGAUAUUGAUACCGUUAUUGGGACUACAAUAUCUCGCCAUUCCCUUCCGACCGGAUAAUGACCCCCAAGCCAUGAAAAUCUUCAAAAUCUUUACAGCCUUUAUUACUUCAUAUCAGGGCGUGUUCGUGGCUUUAAUCUUCUGUUUCUUCAACGGAGAGGUCAUGACCGUAAUGCGCCGGAAAUGGAAUCAGGUUUGGAACAAUUACCACCCGACUAAUGAGGGUCGUCGGCGUAGCAUGUGCAAUACGACAGCCAUGACGUGGGACGAAUCAACGGCUGUCGUGAAAAAUGGGACUGGAAAGAAUUCACGACUAAAAGGAGAUUCAUCAGAAUUACAAGUGAUGGUGCCUAGUCAGCCAUGAGCGAGUUCCAAUUCUUGUCAGAUUUAAAUUCUUUUAACUGUUGAUCUGCGCUUGUCGAAAAGCCAGAUAAUUAUAAACGCUUGACUUAAGACGCUCAGUUCUUACCGCUGCGUAUCUUGUAAAUGGAGAUGGAAAAAGAAUGGUGAAUUUUGGAUGGACUCAUUAAAACUUAUAAAACUCUGCGAAAAUUGAAAAUGGGGGUGUCAAACGAACAUGAUACUCUGCAUGGACUCUUAACUCAUUUACCUUAUUAAGCUCUGCAGAAACUAAUUUGGUCUUUCCACAACGACUUUUAGAACAUAUUGGAAUAAAAACCUUGCCUAAUGAUUUAUCUAUAGAUAUAAAAGUUAAUGCGUCCAGGGUACAGUUAUUGGCGUAUUAAAGUGACGUCAUGAAAGUGACGUUUAGUGACGUUUUGUUUUUAAAUAGCCUACAGAUUUAGUCUGGCUUUUCAAUUUUGGAACGAGUUCCAAGAUGCCUUUGACUUGAUUGUUAAAAUCCAUUUCAGCUGCACGACGCUCGGCAUUGCUGCUAUAAAUGUGGAUCUGUUUGCGAAUGUGGUUAAAGGCGAAAUGUCGAGAGAAUUGACCAAACCUUAUCUCGUACUAAUCUGAAAAAAGGUCAGAUGAUGGGUUGAUAAUGCAGACAUUGUUUUGACGGGAAGUCGUCUUCAGUGGCUAUACAAUUGAAUAAAAAGUAGGCCAUAUGUAAUGUAAUUUUAAUGCCUUGGUGGUUGACAUGAUGUGAUGCAUAUAUUCCUCUACUCCUAUGUUAGAAUAUACAUGUAGUGCGUGCAUCAUUUUUUACAUCCGCAAAGUUAUAACCUGGUGUCGUUGCUAGUUGCUAUAAGUAGGUCUAUAAGGCCUUUAUGUUAAGCAUACAGAAUUGUGUUUUACAACUGGUGCUAUCAGGUGUGUAUUUCUGCGUUGUUCAUGGACAUCAUGUCUGCUGCUGAUGGACACGGAUUGAACCCAUAGACGGUAUCGAUUUCCAAAAGACGUUUUUUUCAUUCCAAAAGAAUAAUUUAUUUUGUGAUUGUAUAACUGUCCCAUAUUUGCGACGUGUUCCAUGUUACUGGAUAUUGUGUUAUGAACCGAAUUUUUUUUUAUCGUUUUGGUCGAGAGAAGAAUAUAUCGUGCACAUGAGUAUUACCUUUGUAAAAUUAGUUUGUGUUUAGAGACCUGUUAAGAAACUGAAAUGUGAUCGUAUUGUUCAGAUCGGAAUGUCUAAUUGGUGUUUAGAGAUUGAAUAUUUUAAAACUCCAGUGUAUUUCUAUGAACAUGCACAGUGUGUUUUGUGUUUUUACUUAUUUUAAUUCAACAAUUUCUCCCUUGAGGGUGUUUGCGAAGUUACAUUGUUCAUUUCAGAAUUAUUUAUAUAGUGCUUACUAAAAAGUGCUCAAUUGAAGAGUAGUUCUGAUAUUGUGGUAUUUUUUAGACUAUAUAUAAUAAGCUAUUUAUGAGUUAGGGUUUCUAUAAUUUAUACUGUACUAUUUGCCCCGCUAGCGCUGUAUAAUCGCUACUCGCAUUCAUUCUUUAAAUAACAUUUAGUAAUUGGGAAAUAAUCAAAUUGAAUAACUAUUAAUAUGGCUUAUUUCAAAAUGAUUUCAAAAGUCGUUAUGAAGCGUUCCCCCUUCUUCAUCUUGUGGACACGUCGAUUGUGACCGGAAUCAGCUACUCGUCUCUCCUGCUUGAUGAAGCUCGUUGGAAAGACUGGAUGUUCUAGGCGUAGAUCAAUUAAUACUACAAUUAAGCCUAAAUAUAUUUGUCAGGGCCAGCUCAAUUUUUGUCAAGGUCGCUGAGAUGUAAACAAGGUUAGGGUGCGUGAUUGUUGGCGAGAUUGUAGGUUAGCGCUAGCUCUGUUUACAUCUCGUGACCUAUGACGAAAAAUUGAGCUGGCCUUAUCAUUUAGCACUAACCAUUAGCCAUUAAAGGGUACAGUUGUCAUCAAACGUUGUGAUUAGCCAUUAAUGGGUACGAUUGUCGUCAAAUGUUGUGAUUCGCUUGAACAUGUUCAAAGCUAUACGAUAGGCUAGUCCACGAUACCCUUAUAUUCGGUUCGUGGCAAAAUCGUAUCGCAGAUAUAUGCUCCAGCAUUACGGCUUUUAUCCCAUCGCAGGCUAUGGGUACUCGUAGCGAAAAUCUUAAUCCGCCGACAGCAAAUGUCAUAGAACUAUUUUAACCAACUUUUCAAUUUGACAAAAGACAUACAACUAAUAUAUGGCAGUACACAUAAUAUAUCUGUUAUCUCUUCAACGGUCUCUGGCUAUGUAUGAUAUGUUAGUCUCGAAAAGUCUAGUUCGAGCCUUAGUUCGGAACUAACAUAUGGUGGACCUGCUUUUUUCUUAUAGACAAUAAAAAAAAGAAAAAUCUGCGGAUGAAGUCCUCAGCUCAGAAAUAUAAAGAAAUGGGGUCGAAAAUUACGGGAACUUCUUGAAUAAUUGAAAAGUGAUACCAAAUGUUCCAUUCUUGUGUUCAUAUGUUAUAUUGUUUUGAUUGGCUUUCAAUAAAUAUCUAAUUGUUUUGUCUUCUAUAUAAAUAUUUUAAAACAACUCGAUGCUGUUGUUUAGACAUUCGGUUCUCGUCGAUGUACAUCGUUUGUAGUCAUAUCAAAUUGUAGUCAUUUCCAAUUGUAGUCAUUUCCAAUUGUAGUAAGUUUAAUUUCAAAUAUAGUCAUAUCAAAAUGUAGUCAUUUUAAAUUGUAGUUCAAUAACAGUUAAAGAUACAUUAUGUAAGAUUUAUAUAAAGAACUGACCAGUCUUGCUAUAAUAGCUCAAAAAUAGAUAAUGUAAAAUUAAAAUGUUUAAAAUUUCAUUCAAAUUACUUCAUUCUGAGCCAAGUUAUCACUGUGUGUAGUUUUGACAUGAUAUGUGCAUUGUGUUAACCAGGGCACUGGUUAAUUCUAGACUUAGCCUCGCUUCCCAUUUUUAAAUUAAAUUUGUAAAUGGCGAACCGUUCUAAUCUAGUUAAAAUCUCGAGUAUCGGAUGCCAUCAAGGGUUGAUUAUGGCCUUGCUUUGUUAAUAAAUGUCUAAUUAAUAAUUUAGGUAACAUUUUAGGCCCAACGAAAGACCUGAUAUAGGCAGAUUUUGCAUAAUGUAUAUUUAAGGUGGUUCAUCUUUCAGGUUAAGGUAGGGAAGUCAACGAAAUAUUAAUUAUGGUCCCCGUUUCUGGAAACAUUUGUGUAAAGUUAAGUGGAUGUUCAAUAGAAUAUACGUGUGUUUGGUAGAAAGGGAUCAUGAAACGUAUGCGAGUCGUUGGAAUUGCCAGUGGCUGUCGGUGAUUACUACUGCUACUGCUUCUGGUUGACCGUGUGGGUAACCAUUAUGGUAGCAUGAAUGUUUCACAGUGAUCUAGUGUUGAAUAUAUGAAUCCCGAUUGCACCUUCCUUUCAAACCAACCCUGAUAUUAAGCAUUCUGUAAACUUAGAUUUUUCUUCCGGUCAUUUCAUUGAAUUGGUUAAUACUGCCGUAGUAUGGUGUCUUUGAAAGGCAUUUAGUGAUACUGCCGUAGUAUAAUACAAACCUAUGAACCCUACGCCAUUGUUUCAUUAUUGAAUAUUAUAAUGUCUUCAUCAUACAAUAAUAGUAUGAGAUAGUUGUAAUACCUUGGCUGGAUGAGCUACCUCUAACGUAAGCGCGAGCAGUACGUUUGAAAAAAAGAAAAUAUCAGAUAAAUCCAAAUAAGGACACAGUAACAGGGGGCAGAAUCAAUGAUAUUGUUAAUCGGCUAAAUCAGUCAAGGUAUUGAACUGUGUCGGAUGCUGAUUGAUAGACAAUUAAAUAGGCUGAUUCAGUCAAGGUAUUUAAAGAGUGGACUAUAACAGCGAUGGUGUGGUGACGACGGUAUGUUAUAUUCUCUCCCGUAUAAUUGUGUUGUAAACUGUUAUUGUUAUCGAUCUAUUAUUUGAUAUUUUCAAAUGAAUUUGUUAUUGAAUGUGGUAAUUUGUUAUGAAUAAAACAUAUUGGAUUCUUCUUA